ACCAUCAACAAGGGAAGCUAUUGCUGGAAUGCUGUCGUUUAGUGUACAAUGUUACCCCACAAAUUCGAAAAUACUUACAAAAUGUUCUGAUGCCGUGCAAUCAAAUAAUUCCUUACUCAAGACCGAUGAAGAAGAAGAUGAUUUCUUAACAGAUCACACUGAUGAACUGCACCAAGAUAAUGACUUUAUUUACCCAGCACUUGAUGUAUCGGAUGAAGAUGAUUACAUAUCUCAAUUCAGAGGAAAAAAAAAAAAUGAUGAAGCAUGGAAUCCUAAAGCCCAGCUGGGUUCACUGUUUCCUAAAAUAAAUCGGCCAACACGAAUCACCGCAAAAAAAACUACUGUUGACAAGUGUUUAAAAGCAGCUGCAAAAAAACUCACCAAAAAUUAUUGUGCAAAGCGAGUGUCGCGGACAAAUAAAGACCGAAAGUCUGCAGCAACAGAAAAAUAUCCAGCCUCCAAAAAAACAAUUGACGUCGUAUCUACUCGAAAAAUUAAAACACUAGAGCCUCGGCUCCUAUGUGAAAAUUUGAAUUUGGAUGCUUUCCCCACAAUUUUAACUGAAUCCCAUCGAUUAGAAAACGUAAAAGCAAAACUUGCUGCUUCUGUCUUAGUUGAUCAAAGACCCAAAAAAGGAAUGAAAACUGUCAAGCAGCGCUUGGGAAAGAUUCUUAAAAUUCACAGAAUGUUUCACUAAAAGUACAGGUGUACCCUCAGCGAUGAAAGAAAAUUCCAAAAAAACAUAUACGUGCUUAUUAUAUGACAGAUUUCCUAAUGUUUAUUUAUCACAAUAAAUAUUAGUUGUAAUGAAUGAGCUCAAGACUAAGAAGAGAAAAUUACUAGUAUUAAAGAAU